AUGGAGCCUGUAAUUCAACGCGUUCGGCACAAAGUCUUCUGGACGCUCUACAGAACAGGACGAAGGAGCCACUCGAGCUAUGCUGAGCCUGCUGUUACAGCUGCCUCCACUUGCACCAAGAAAAUGAAAGCCCCACUCCUGGUCUCUCGUCUCUAUCAGCCAUCCAACUUGCGUGACUUGGGCCCUGACAACCGAAUUCAAGGAGAAUUUACAUGCAAGAGCCAGAGGCUCAUGCAGCGGGCAGGACUCAUUCAUCCUUCAAAUCCAGGAUGCUACUACUACCUUCCUGCUACUGUGCGCUCCAUGGAGAAACUGGUGAGAGUGAUUGACCAGGAGAUGCAGCAGAUCGGUGGACAGAAGCUGGACAUGCCCAGUUUGUGUACCGCUGACCUUUGGAGAACCAGUGAGCGUUGGGACUUGAUGGGAAAGGAGCUGUUUCGUCUGCAAGAUCGUCAUGGUGUCAGCUACUGUUUAGGACCCACUCACGAGGAGGCCGUAACCACUCUGGUGGCUCACCAGACCACCCUGUCUUACAAACAGCUGCCUCUAUUGCUCUACCAGAUCACCCGCAAAUUUCGUGAUGAGCCAAAGCCAAGGUUUGGUCUGCUUCGAGGAAGGGAGUUUUACAUGAAGGACAUGUACUCCUUUGAUGUCAGUGAGGAAGCCGCCUACGAAACCUAUGAAUCUGUGUGUCACGCAUACACUCGGAUCUUCGCUCGACUAGGCCUGCGUUGCGUGCAAGUGCAGGCCGAUACAGGGAACAUAGGUGGAAAACUCUCGCAUGAGUUCCAGCUGCCCGCAGACAUUGGUGAGGACAGACUUCUGCUUUGCGGGAGCUGCUCUUUUUCUGCCAAUGUAGAGACAAUGGUGUCUGACAAAACUGACUGUCCACAGUGUAAAACUGGUACUCUUACCGAGUCCAAAGGCAUUGAGGUCGGCCACACUUUUUACCUAGGCAAAAAGUAUUCAGAGAUUUUUAACGCCACAAUCAGUAAUGCCCAAAACAAGCCGAGUGUUGCGGAAAUGGGCUGCUAUGGCCUUGGCGUCACACGUAUUCUCGCCGCGGCUAUCGAAGUGAUGUCAACAGAUGAAAAUAUCCGCUGGCCAGGUCUUCUUGCCCCUUAUCAAAUUUGUGUUUUACCUCCCAAGAAGGGCAGCAAGGAGGCUGAUGCGACAGAUGUGGCUGAAGAGCUUGUCCAUGCAAUAGGACAGAGUUUGCCUCAUCUGAGAGGUGAGGUUGUUCUUGAUGACCGCACGCAGAUGACCAUCGGCAAAAGGUUGAAGGAUUCUAGCCGAUUGGGCUACCCCUAUGUUGUUGUGGUUGGACAGGGGGCACUAGAGAAGACACCCAGGUUUGAGGUGAUCUGUCAUCAGACUGAUGAGAAAAUGUUUUUAAGUAGAGAUGAGUUAUUCUCUCUUUUGGGAAAAGUAGAGAUUAUAUGA